AGAGUCUACCUCCUUCCACAAGAUCCCUUCUAAACCAGAAAACCUCGAUAUGUGAGAGUUCCUCAAAGUCAACUAUUUCAACCACAACAGCUCUCAACUUCAACUACUGCGGGCAACACAAGACAUGCUCGUCUCAAGGAUAACUCUCGGGCUUGGUGCCCUUCUCUCUGCGGGCAUCACUCAUGCAGCCCAGUAUGUGGAGAUUGAAUCAUACGACCCAAGCAACUUCUUCGACAAAUUUGGCUUCAUGAGUGCGCCCGAUCCGACCAACGGCUUCGUCGACUACGUAGACGCUGUGACUGCCAAUCGGGAUAGCCUCGCAGGGUACGCGAAUGGUGGUGUCUAUCUUGGCUCCGACUUCAAAGAGGUAACGACCACUGGCCGGCCCUCUGUCCGGGUGACCUCGAAGAGGGCUUAUACCAGAGGCCUCUUCAUUGCCGACAUCGCCCACAUGCCGGUAGGGACCGGAAAGGGCGGCUCAUGCGGUCUCUGGCCGGCCUUCUGGAUGUUCGGACCCAACUGGCCCUCCUCUGGCGAAUUCGACAUUAUCGAAGGCGUCCACAACCAGGCCUCAAACGGUGUCACCCUGCACACAAGGGUCGGCUGCUCUAUGACAAAUACGGGAUCGCUUGCCUCUACCAAGAUGGUGAACAUUGACUGUCAGGGGACUGCUGGUUGCAGCCAGGCCACCGCAGAGACAAACAAUUAUGGCCCGGGAUUUAAUGCCAUUGGAGGCGGCAUCUACGCCAUGGAAUGGACCAGUGAGGCCAUCAGCGUCUGGUUCUUCCCUCGCAACGACCCGAUGGUGGCCAGACUGAACGAGUUCAACAUGUCGGCUCCUGAUCCUUCGAUCUUUGGCCAGCCCCUGGCCAGGUUCGUCGGUGACAGCUGCAACAUCGAUGAGCAUUUCGUCAACAACAAUAUCGUCUUCAAUAUUGACUAUUGCGGAGAUUGGGCCGGAGAGGUCUGGAGUGAGGACCCAACCUGCAGCCACCUGGCGCCUACUUGCGACGAGUACGUCGGCCAGAACCCGGGUGCCUUCGCCGAGGCCUACUGGUUGAUUAACUCGCUCAAGGUCUACUCGAAGGACGGGGUCGCGGCGAAGAAGGGCCGGCAGCUGCGGAGGUAUCUUGCUUGAAGAAUCUCUUGGUGGGGAUGCCCUUGCCAGAGAGUGAAGCCCGUGAAUAGGAGGGAAUGCAGGGAUUGGAGAUACUCGGAAUCUCCCUGUACAUGGCAGGCCACAUAAAAAGGGAUGGACGCGCUGACGACGACUGAUGCUUCAGAAACACGGCCAUGAUACUAACCCUCUAGAUUUUUUAAAGGCGUUUGGGCGGCAUGUAUAUAUGCCCGCUUGAAUUGGGGGCUAGCUAGCUC